CUUUGAAAAGCCAAGCUAUGAUAUAACCACAGCCAAAGUCACGAUCGGCCAUCUGGGUGUCCAAGAAGCGUGCACUGCCGUUGCUGAACCGAGGGUAUUCACCAGUUUCGAAAAGCUUGGUGUCUAUCAAUAGCAGCACCUUAGGAUGAGGCCGAUCCGGUGGAUAGGAUUUACCGCGCUAUGUGCGUUCAACAGUUAUGAGAGGUAUCGCGCUCCAGCAAGUAUUGCGGAGGUUAUCGAUAGCAGCCUGACGGUGUAUUUUCUUACACUCACGAGGCUCUUUUGGCCAAGUGUGUCACCAAAGCCUCCCGAUCAUAACGUGCUGUCGAUGGGGAGAAACUUUUUCGUUCUAGAGCAAAACGUGCAUGAGCGGGCUGGUUGCUAUCGCGAUGGCGGAAAGCCGUUGUCUGCGGCUCAAGUCCUUGGUCAACCCAGCCGAUCGCUGGCAGGCAUUAAUAUCGAAAGUUCGGGAGGUCCUGCGCCAUGCAGCAUCGUGGCUGGGACCCCUAGCAAGAGGUUGGGUAUGGAUACGACUGCGUGCUCUUGCAUUGUCUAUUCCGUCCAGCAUAUCAUGACUUCACCAGCAACAGUGAAUUGCGAUUUGCAGUUCAUGUGAAGAUUUUUGGUCUGCCAGUGCAGACUUUGAACGCGCGUCGGCACGUUUGUGCCUGGUGUUCCUGCGCAGGACUUGCAGAAGCUUCCGGUG